AUGCGAACCGAGCAAAAACGGAAUGACGAAAUUGAAGGAGUGGUUAAAUGUCCGCCAUGGCAUCCUUUUCAAUGCCCGAAUGGAGAUUGUGUCUCAAUAAAAUACCUUUGCGACGGGUCACCGGACUGUGGCGAUGGUUAUGAUGAAAACAAAAGCAUGUGCACAGCAGCUAUUAGACCACCGGUAGAAGAAACUGCAUCAUUCCUUAAUGCAUUGCUGAACGCCCACGGUACCGAUUUCUUUGGGCUCGUUUUUGGUGAAAAAGGCAAAAAUUCCUUGAAAGAAAUGGGUGGUGUUCAAAAAGUUGCUGUAGCAUUCUCUCGUAAGUUUGAUCUUUUCAUCGUUGAGCAGCUUUUUUUUACUUUUUAUUUUUUUUUUAUUUUUCUUUAUAAAUUUGAGCUGUUACAAGUGGUUCUGAUUUCGGUGCCUAGAUUAGUAAUUUUAAAAAAUUGAAG